AUGGCAGACAUCGAGGCUCAGACAAACAAGAUGACCGAGUUGGAUUGUUCGGAAGCCAUUGCCUUUUCUAGGAAGCCAAAGCCCCCUGUCACUUUGAGGUUUAAUGACUUACAUUACAAGAUCAAAUCCAAGCAAAGAAGGUUUUUAAUCCCAAAGAAACCACAAUGUGAAGAGAAAACUAUACUCAAAGGACUAAGCGGGUUGGUUUGUCCGGCAGAGAUGUUGGUCAUAUUAGGUCCAUCAGGGUCCGGAAAAUCAACCCUUCUAACGGCAUUAAGUGGCCGACUCGGUGGACGUCUCGAUGGAUCCAUAACAUACAAUGGAAAGCCUUUCUCAAGUGAAAUGAAACACCGAAUCGGGUUCGUUACACAAGACGAUAUUCUCCAUCCCCAUUUAACGGUAGCCGAAACCCUAGUCUUCACUGCCCUUCUAAGGCUACCUAACACUUUAACGAAACAAGAGAAACUAGCAGAGGUAGAGGUAACAAUCUCCCAAUUAGGUUUAACGAGAUGCAAGAGCACAAUUGUGGGGAGCCCAGUCUUGAGAGGGGUUUCUGGAGGAGAGAGAAAAAGAGUUUGUAUUGGUCAGGAAAUGCUUAUAAAUCCGAGCUUGAUGUUUUUAGACGAGCCAACGUCGGGCCUCGACUCGACCACGGCUCAAACAAUUGUGACAAUGAUGGGGGAGUUCGCUAAGGGAGGGCGGACUGUGGUUAUGACGGUUCAUCAGCCAUCGAGUCGUCUUUUCUAUUUGUUCCAUAAGCUUUUAUUACUAUUGGAAGGAAAUGCAGUAUACUUUGGAAAGGGAUCGGAAGUUAUGGAUUAUUUCUCGACUAUUGGAUAUUCUCCAUCUGUGCCCAUGAACCCUUCAGAUUUUUUGUUGGAUCUUGCUAAUGGUUUGUCGAUGAAUGAUCCAAAUGAGGACCCAAAAAUAGUUAAGCAAAAACUUGUUUCAUCCUAUAAGAACAAUAUAGCUGAAAAGUUAAAGAGAGAGGUACAAGAAAGUGAUGAAGAUCAUUAUUAUUGGUGUGGAGAUGGAUCCAAUGAAGACAACAACAUUGAGAUUUGGCCAACAACUUGGUGGCAACAAUUUGCUGUUCUAUUGAUAAGAGAAAUUAAGGAAAGGAGAUAUGAAUCCUUCUCAUCGAUAAAAUUUGUGCAAGUUGUAGCGAUUGCAUUCCUUGCUGGAUUCUUAUGGUGGCAAUCUGAUGACUCUCAUUUACAUGAUAAGCUUGGACUUUUCUACUCCAUACAAAGCUUUUGGACUUUCCUACCUACACUGAAAGCCAUCAGCACAUUCUCAAAUGAACAAAAGAUACUUGAAAAAGAAAGAUCCUCAGCCAUGUACAAGCUAUCAUCUUACUUCAUAUCAAAAACAGUCAAUGACUUGCCCAUGGAGCUUGCUCUUCCCACUCUUUUCAUUCUCAUCGUGUAUUGGAUGACUGGCUUAAAACCCACUUUUCCGAACUUCUUUUCCACUUUGUUUACAGUUCUCCUAAAUGUUUUGGUGUGUCAAGGCUUAGGUUUUGCCCUCGGUGCCCUUAUCAUGGACCAAACUUCAGCCUCCAUAUUUGGAUCAGUCUUGGCUUUGGCUUUCCUUUUAACAUCAGGGUUUUUCGUUCAACAUGUGCCUAAGUUUAUUGCUUGGAUUAAGUAUGUUUCUAGUGGCCAUUUUUCAUACAAGCUUAUGUUGAUUUCUCAGUUCAAAGGUGAUGAUACUUAUCCAUGUUCUAACAUUGGAGGGGUUUGUAAGGUUGGAGAGUUUCCUGUAAUAAAGGAAAUUGGGCUUGAGGGAAAAGCCAUGACUGUCCUUGUAUUGGUGGUAAUGUUUGUUGUAUAUCGUUUUAUUGCUUAUGUUGCUUUAAUGAGGAUUGGUGUUACCAAGAAAAAAUAG